UGGAAUAGUACGAACGUUGUAUAGUAAGCUACACAUAUAAAAGCCUUUAUCUUGGUUCAUUUGUACGAAACGCUAUAUACAAACCAAUACGAGGUCAUACAAUUCAGAGAGAUCAAAGUGCACUUUUUUACCACCAACUACUUCAAGUAUUUCUCAAACGAGGACUUAUAAGCAAGGACGAAAAAACCUAAAAGAGAAGCAAUAUGUCAAGAAAAGUAUUGAUAGCAGUAGAUGCCAGCCAGACGGCAGAGCAAGCACUCGACUUUUAUUUUGCCAAUAUCCACAAAGAUGACAACCUUGUGAUCAUUGCACACAGUCCUGAACAGGCCUCCCUCCCGGCAUUCACAUUUAGAGAGGGGCUUGCCGUUCCCCAUGAUGAAUGGACAAAGAUCAUGCAGGACCAGAACAAGGCCCAACAAGACCUCGAGGCAAGCUAUACACAAAAGGUCAUCCAGAAGAAGGUGAACUACAAGGUUGUAUCCCAGCCCAACAAAGGCUCCCCAGGAGAGCACAUAAUCAAGAUAGCUGAGGACGAAGGAGCAACUAUGAUUGUUAUGGGUAGCAGAGGUCUUGGCAAAAUUCGCCGAACCAUUUUGGGAAGUGUCUCAGAUUACGUUGUACACCACACCAAGAUUCCAGUUGUAAUCGUCCCAACUAGAUCCUGAACUAUUAAAAACUAGGAAAUUCCAUAAAUUAUAACUAACUCAUUGUGUAUAGUAUAAACUCCAUCAGGGUCAUUAUUCCUAGAUACUAAUAAUUGGUUAUAUAACAGCAAACAUUGCCCCCCCCCCCCGCUUCCAGUCCAUUUCUAUGGACCAGAAGUGAAGUUAAAGCAUGGGGAACGUUUGGAACUACAAAAUAAUGUAUUUAUUAGUAUCUAGAAAUCCUGAGCCCAGUGGAUUGAGCCUUAUAUAUAAUUGAUAGUGAAUAAAUCUGAGAAACUGACAUUUGCUCUAAACAAUUAAUUAUAAAACAAAUAUUGAAUUAUGUUAUCAACAUUAUGUAGAAUAUGUUUGUGUAAAGGAAAGAAUUUCCGUAAUGAACUUAAAGGCAUGGUUGAUUAUCAUUGCUAUAUUCCUUGCUCGUAUGUUCUAUUAAUAUAUUUAAUAUAAUGCAAUUCUUUACCGUCUUUUACCAUCUUUU